GAGGCUACGUUCGGACACGUGCUUUUCUUUUAUCAAAUUUUUUUCUCUUCCACAAAAUGUUCGAGUAUUGAAUAGUAAAUUAAUUCAUUUUAAUUACUUUUAGCGUAGGUUUUUAAAGUUUCGGUUAUAAUGAGUGAAAGUGUACUUCAAGUGGAAAAAGUUAAAGAAGGAGUCGGUGCCUUAUUGGAUAUUCUAAAUAAACAAGAUGAGGCUAAAAGCAAGAAUAUUCUAGACGAUACUACUCCUGUAUUUCUACAAAUUGAUUUCGUUAAAAUACCCAAAAUACAAAGGAGAAUAGUUCGAAUACCCUUGGAGCAUUCUUUACUAACAGAUACGUCGGACGUAUGUUUAAUCGUUUCGGAUUUAAUUCGCGGUCGUAAUGUUAAUCACGAAGUCACCGUUAAUCACUACGAUAAGCUAUUGAAAAAGAAAGGAAUAACAGAUGUUCAAAAGAUCGAUGUGAUUCCGAGUAGAAGAAUUCGAGUAGACUUCGAUCAGUACGAAGCUAAACGAAAACUAUGUGAUAUGUAUGAUUUCUUCCUAAUCGAUGAGAAAAUCAGCGCUUACUUGAGAACUAAAUUGGGACCUUCUUUUACAAAAUCCAGAAAAUGGCCAGUACCAAUUAGAAUAAAACGAAAAAAUCUAAAAGAUGAAAUUCUGUCAAAAUUGAAAAAGACUUCGUUAUGUUUAGACGGCAGUGGAACCACGAAAACUUUACAAAUUGCAAGAAAGGAUAUGACUCCUGAAGAAAUCACCGAUAAUAUCCUCUCAGUUUCUAAGUAUAUUUCGGAUACUUUCCCCAGCGGCUGGAAAAAUAUUCGCUCGUUGCAUAUUAAAGGACCCAAAUCGUUAGCUCUACCGAUAUUUAUGUCUUGCAUUUUACCCAACGACGUACCAACUCCGACGAUCAAAACGAAGAGAACGAAAAGAUCGAAAAAACGCGCAUCCGGCGAAUUAGCCACCCUCGGCAAGAAAGUAGUAGUUUAUCCAGGAGGUAGAGUUAAAGUCAUCCAACCCGAAAACGACAGCGAACCGGAUGAAGAUGAGAACUCUGGCGAACCUACUGACUAAGCAUAUUGUUUUGUAAUUACACGUUUUACUAUA